AGUGAACUUUCUGCUCUCUCAAAAAGAAAAAAUAAAAUGUGCUUCCCUCCAUACUGUUAUUUGUGUAAAGGUUCAGCUACAGCGAUGAAAAUGACGAGCAAUGUCUGGAGGAGACGACACUUGUUUUCUGAGCUGAGGGGUCCUGUCUGACUGUGAGGUGUGUUGAUUUUCCCGGGCAGGAAAAUGGUUGGGAAGUCCCUGAUUGCUGGCCUGGUGGUCCUUCUGGUGGCUGCAGUGAGCCUGUUCCUGGGGGUCUUCAUGGGGCUGGGGAAGAAAAACACGCCUCCCCCCUCGGACCACUUCUUCUCAAAGGCUGCUGUGGCUGCUGAUGCUGGAAAGUGUUCAGAAGUGGGGAGGGACAUUUUGAAGAAAAAUGGUUCAGCCGUGGAUGCCUCCAUCGCUGCCUUGCUAUGUGUCGGCCUUUUGAACGCUCACAGCAUGGGCAUCGGUGGAGGGCUCUUCUUUGUCAUCUAUAAUGCUUCCACAGGGAAGGUUGAAACCAUCGAUGCAAGGGAGACCGCGCCCAUGAACGCCACUGAAGACAUGUUUGGCAACAACACCAAGCUCUCUCGUACAGGUGGAUUGUCUAUAGCCAUUCCUGGGGAGAUCCGUGGAUAUGAGAUGGCACACAAAAGGCAUGGCAGGCUGCCAUGGAAGGAGCUCUUUGAGCCCAGCAUUGCCUUGGCACGCCAUGGCUUUCCUAUAGGAAAAGCUUUGGCUCACGCCAUCUUCAAGAGCAAAGAUUCGAUUCAAGGGGACGCCAACAUGUGUGAGGUGUUUUGUGAUUCUCAAAAAAACAUCCUGAAGGAAAAUGAUAUUGUUAGAUUUCCAAAGCUGGCCGACACAUACCAAAGAAUAGCAGAAGAGGGUCCUGAUGUGUUUUAUAAUGGGUCAAUGGCACAGAGCAUCGUGGAGGACAUCCAGGCAGCAGGUGGCAUUAUCACCUUAGAUGAUUUGGUGGAGUACCAGCCUGUGCUGAAUGAGAACCCUCUGAAGCUGAACGUUGGGGAAUACACCAUGCAUGUCCCAGACGCCCCCUCCAGUGGCCCUGUGCUGGCACUCAUACUCAACAUAGUGGAUGGGUACAACUUCACAGACACAAGUGUCUCUACGGCAGAGAAAAAGACUCUGACGUACCAUCGCAUUGUAGAGGCUUUUCGUUUCGCUUAUGCCAAGAGGAGCAGACUUGGGGACCCUCGUUAUCUCAAUAUUACCGAUCUCAUCCAAAACAUGACCUCAGACUAUUUUGCUGAUGGCAUAAGAAGUAGAAUUACAGAUGACACCACCCACCCAGACAGCUACUACGAGCCGGACUAUUUUGUCCCAGACAACCACGGGACAGCUCACCUGUCAGUCAUAGCGGAGGAUGGGAGUGCUGUGGCCGCCACCAGCACAAUUAACUUAUACUUUGGUUCCAAAGUCAUGUCUCGAUCGACUGGAAUCAUUUUCAAUGAUGAGAUGGACGACUUCAGCUCUCCAUACAUGACCAACGGGUUUGGAAUCCCUCCCUCACCAAACAACUUCAUCCAACCAGGCAAGAGGCCGCUGUCUUCCAUGUGUCCAACUAUCAUCUUUGACAAAGAAAACAGAGUGAAAAUGGUUGUAGGAGCAUCUGGGGGCACGAAAAUCACCACAGCCACUGCCUUAGUAAUCCUGAACUCCUUGUUCUUUAACUACGACCUAAAGAAAGCCGUGACAGAGCCGCGAGUCCACAAUCAGCUCAACCCAAAUAUGACAGUGGUGGAGCAGGGCUUUGAAAAGAGUGUCCUGGAGGGCCUGGCCCAGAAGAACCAUGUAACACAGCUGCUGCGGACUCCCGACUCUGUGGUCCAGGCGGUGGUGCGGCAGGGAGAGCGUCUCUGUGCAGAGUCUGACCCCAGGAAAGGAGGCUAUCCAGCGGGAUACUGAGCAGGGAUCUCAGGCCCUCCUCUGCUCCUGUCAGUCUGGACCAACUCCUUAAAGACACUUGGACAGAGCCACAAUACACAAAAGGUGUCUGCACUGAAAACUUAAGCAAUGUGUAAGCUACGGAGACACAGCCACCAAUCGUUCUGUGAGAUGAAUUUCUUUUACUCAAACAUGGGAAAUGACUCCAUUUCAAUACCUCUUUUACUCAAACUCAACUAUUCAGCAUUACUUUUUACUUUGGCAUUAUUUUUGUGUUUUGAAGUAAAAUAAGAGGUUGCACCUAGUUUGACUCCUGUAUCAUCACUACUGGAUACUGGUCAGGGAGGAGAUGUUUUGGAGAAAGCCAAAACUUAUUUUAUGUAUGACACAGUAUCCAACACAUUAAAAACAAGUAAGUACCAAAAAUAACGAUAAUGUCACAAUAAGAAAUGUUCUUAGGUUUCACCACUGUGUUUUAGGUAAGAAUCUGAGGGGUUGUAGGUUGUCCAUGUAGUAUUUUCAUUUCUUUUAUUGUCUAAGGAAAAAACUAUUGUCAAUAACUGGACAGUUUGUCUGAAAAACGGGGUGUGGGGGGAGCGGGAGGGUGGGGGUUAUUUUCAUGUCAAGCUGGUGAAAAACCAUCAAUUAUAAACUACACAUUGAAGCAGGUACAUCAUUUAAAAAUAAGGACACCUCAGGUUGUUUGCCUGUUUUACCAAAAUGUCUACCUACAUCUUUCUCCUGAUGUAAGUUAAUCCUUAAAAGAAGAUUAUUUAGCUGAAACUGACCGUGUUGUUUUCUACCGUGACUCUAUAGUGAAACUUUUACUUUUUGAAUUGUAAAUGUUUAAUAUCGAGUAGAGGUUAAGUGAAUGUAUAGUGUAUUCUGAAAAAAUACAUUUGCAGAUAUAUUUUUCUAAACAUGCAUUGUUCUUAUGCCAUGUUCUUAUGCCAUGCUUGUUAUUAAACAUUUUGAACAAAGAUGUUAUAUUUUACCAUAGAAACUGUGCUGUUUCUGUGCUGGAAUGUUAGGCACAAAAUCACUAUAUCUUUUAGUUUUGUGUUUAGUCAGAUUUUGUUCCACAGUGUUAAUACUGAACCUCGUGUAUUGUGGGAAAACAAAUUUAAUCUAGGGCACAUCUGGUAUCAGAAUGAUCCUAAGCUUCAGAGGCAGUACAGUUAAUCAGACCUACAAUCAAGAAUUCUUUUCAUUAUCCAGUAAUCGUUUAGUCUGUAAAACCUACACACAAACAUUUUCUCUAGCUCAAGUUGAUGUGUUCAAAUUGCUUGUUUUGUUUGACUAGCAGCACAAAACCUAAGGAGACUGUACUUUGAGUAGUGUACAGUGGUGAUUUACGCUAGGUGCUAUCAUGGGUAUGCUAAUAUGUUCAGAAUGACCUGGUGAAGCAUGCUGAUGUUUGGCAGGUAUGAUGUUUACCACCUUUGCCAUCUUUGUUUGGCAUGUUAACAUGCUAACAUUUACCAAUUAGCAAUGCACACUGAGUACAGCUGAGGCUUUCAGGUAUUUGGUCACAAACCAAAGUAGUGGACAGGACAAAAUUUGGAUCUGAAGAUGGCAGUAGAUGAAAGGUCAAGGCAGCUCCAAAGUCAUUAAAUUCAUUCUGGGGGAAAUCUGUGUCAAAUUUCAUGGGAAUCCAUCCACUGGCUGGUGACAGAUUCACUGCAAAUCAAAAGUAGAACUCUGAGGACACUGGAGGAAAAGCCAGGGUAACACCAAAAUUGUUAGGAUUCAUCCUCUGGGGAUCACCAACAUCUGUGCAAAAUUUCUAUGCUUUCCACUGAAUAGUUGUUGAGAUAUUUCAGUAAGUGCCAAAGUGAUGGACCAAAGAAAACAACAUUGUUAUAGCCAUGGUAACAGUACAAUGGCUAAAAACA